AUGCCUCCCCGCAAGCCCCGUUGCAACUUCAAGGAGUGCAAGGAAGCAGCCCAACGCAUCGUCGGAGACUGCAGCUUUUGCUCCGGCCAUUUCUGCUCCAAGCACCGCAUGCUGGAGGCUCACUCCUGCACCGGGCUGGAGGACUGCAAGAAGGAGUCACAUGCUCGCAACGCCGAUAAGCUGAACAGCGAGCGAACUGUCGUCGUCAAGGGCGUAUGA